CAUUCGGUGUUUGACGAUGACCGGAGACAUUGCCAAAAAUAUUCAAAAUCUUGACACACCACAAUUUAAUGAAAUCGAAUUAAGCAGAAGAGAAUAUAUGAACGAAAAUUCGCUCUGAGAUCUUCAACGUCAAAAGUAAACGAAAAACUCGUACUGUAACUUGGAAUUGUGACAAUAAGGAUUCCGGGCAAGCCCGAACAACAGGAAAGGGCGGGUGUCAACCGCAUCCGUCGAAGGGAAUCUCGAAGCAGAAUCUCAAGACAAUUGAUGGCCGGAUUUGUCGCGAAUUUGGCGCUGAUAAAUAUUGGGCUGCUCCUCAGUUGGUCAACCGUCAACCUGCCAUCAUUGCAAAACGAAGAAGCUGAGAUUCGAGAGACUUCUAGCGAAGGUGCAUGGAUAGUAAGUUCUUUACCGAUGGGCUCUUGCCUGGGACCUGUAAUUUCAUGCCAACUGGUAACUAGAAUCGGUCGUAAAUGGACGCUACUUUUGACUGGGAUACCAAACGUCGGAUCUUGGGUGCUCGUGUAUUACGCUGUAAACGCACAAAUGUUUUGCCUCGCGCCAUUCUUCUUGCUCAUGUACGUUGACGAAAUCACGAGAAAAAAACGCGAAGAGUCCUCGGGAGUAUCAGUGGCAUCAUGGUCUCGUUCGGAACCAUCCUCACAUCGUUGGCUCUUUCUGCUCGAUACCGACUUUGUCUCUGAUCGCUAUCCUGCCAUCGCUGAUAUAUUCGCGUUUGCAUUCCUACGGAUACCGGAGACACCGUAUUAUUAUUUAACGAAGAGAAAGUUGAAAGAAGCGAAUGGAGGGCUCAUUUGGUUGCGUGAGAAAGGAAAUGUGACUUUGGAGCUCCAGCGGAUGAGUAUCUUCACAGGGAUAAAGCGUCGUUUAAGGAGGGUGGAUAGCGACGAUACAAUGUUGCCAUGCUAAACCAUGUUGAAAACAUUAAAAAUUUCAAAAUGAUAAGAAUUUAAUAAAAUU